AUGAAUAAUUUAUACGUUCGAAUAUCUCUUAUAUGUGGUGCUUUGUCAACCACUUAUUUUGUCAAUUAGUAUUUUGAAGAGACCUAUUUUCGAAGAUUCAGAUUCAUCAGAAAACUAGCAAGAACUUAUUUUAAGAAAGAUGAUGGAACAGAAUUGUUCGAUGAUUAGAUUAUAGGAAAUAUUGUUGCUAAAAGUGAUGGAAUGCAUCUUCAUUUUGGUAACAUGAAAUAAUAUGUUGCCUAAAAGUUUUCUACUCCUACAGCCAUCAUUUAUGUUUAAAAAGUUGAAGCUAUCAAAAAAAUUGUUUAAAAAGCUGCUAAAUAUGGAUUUAAAGUUACUACCAUGGAUGUAGAUAGUAUUGAAGAUUAUAAGUAAUAACUAUAAAACAAUCUUAAUUUAUCAGAAAAAGAAAUCAAAAGACUUACUUAUUGUAAAUACCCUUUUUUGAUUAUUAAUCUUAGAAAAGUUUAACAUAAAGAAUAUGAUUCAUAAACUCAAAUUGUUAAAUUAGGAGUAGGAAAUAGAGUCCAAGAUGUGAAUUCAUUUUUAGCAUAAUAUGGAAGAAGAAUCCCACUUUCAGGUUAAUAAAGAUUAUUUACAAUUUUAAGUGAUAAUUCUACUCCUCUAGAUUCUGUCGAAUAUGAUAAUCUUAAUUAAAUUGUGACUGGUUUAGUUGCUAUUUCACCAACAUCUCAUUAACUUUAAACUGAAAUUCCCACAGCUUCCCCUAUCAUUAACUAAUUAUUUAUAGGAUAAUAGCAUAGAUUUGGAAUUGUUUAUGAAGUUUCUCUUAAAACGGAAUCUUUAGAAUUACCUGUUAAAUAAGAGAUUAAUCUAGAUAAAAGAUAUAUUAGUAAAACUAAUUUAUAUUAUCUAUUUGAUUCCUUAAUUAAAUUAUCUUAAUAACAUAGAUAAAAAGUAUGAAUUUUUAAUAAAUUGAUUAGAUCUAAUUUUUUUAUGAUUGUUAUUCAAAUUAAUAUAAAAUAAUCUAAUAAGGAACGCAAAAUCUCCCAGAUUUUAAAUAAACUUUAGAUAAUGUAGUAGAUAAAUAUGUUACAAGAUAAUUAUGGAAUAAUAAUAAUAAUAAUAAUAAUAAUAAUAAUAAUAAUAAUAAUAAUAAUAAUAAUAAUAAUAAUAAUAAUAAUAAUAAUAAUAAUAAUAAUAAUAUUAAUAAUAAUAUUAAUAAUCAUUUAAAUUAAGAUUUGUCUCUUUAAUUAAAGUAUCAACUUUCUUCCUCAUAAUUACUAUCGUGUUUAUUACAACUCAAAGAAUUACAACUGAAACAAAGUCAAUAGUAAUUUUAGGUUUAAGUCGAUUUCAAAACUGGAUUUUUAACUGUAAAUAUCAAUAAUCAUUUAUCAUCAAGUGAUAAAUUAUAAAUGGUGAAAUCUUUUACACAUUAUAUAAGCAAUAGAAAAGGAAGAUUUAUUUAAUGCAAUGAUAAAUUAAUUAAUAGAAUGCUUAAACUAGAAACUUAUCCUAUGGAGUUAGGAUUGAAUUCUAUGAGAUUGGAGCAUUAGUUUGCUGAGUUAAUAGAUAAAAAUAAAGUAAUGUUUCAUGAGUUUUUAUAACAUACUGAAUUAGAUGAGCAAAUUAGUUGAGUAUUAAACUGUAAAUUAUCAAG